AAGAGCCGAAUAAAAUUUUUUUAUAAACGGAAAUUAUUGAAAUGUGUUUAACUUUGCAUGAAAAGCGAAGUGUGUGUAGUUUAAUAUUAGAAGAUGGAACAAUUUUACAAGGAAAAUCAUUUGGAGCCGCUGUUAAUUCCGAUGGUGAAGUCGUAUUUCAAACGGGAAUGGUCGGAUACCCCGAAUCACUAACGGAUCCUUCAUAUCAUUCCCAGCUAUUAAUUUUAACUUAUCCACUAAUCGGCAAUUAUGGAAUUCCAAAUGAACAAAAAGAUGAACAUGGUUUACCUUACUGGUUUGAAUCUAAUCGAAUAUGGGCAGCCGGAUUGGUUGUUGAUGAAUUAUGUGAAGUCCCAAGCCAUUGGAGACAUUCGCAAACGUUAGAUCAAUGGAUGAAAAACGAAGGUGUUCCCGGAAUAUCUGGAAUUGACACACGUGCAUUAACGAAAAAAAUUCGUGAAAAGGGAACAAUUCUUGGCCGAAUUAUUCAAGGUAUACCAACAGAUGCAGACUUAGGAAAUUUCAAAGAUCCCAAUUCGAAUAAUUUGGUUGCAUCAGUAUCCAUAAAGGAACCAAAAAUUUAUAAUCCUAAUGGUUUUCCUAAAAUUUGUGCAAUUGACUGUGGAAUGAAAUUUAAUCAAAUUCGAUGUUUUCUUCAACGAAAUGUUCGCCUUGAAGUAGUACCGUGGAAUACAUCAUACGCUAAAGGGUUCAAUUUCUUUGAUUACGAUGGAAUUUUUAUCAGUAACGGACCCGGAGAUCCAAAAAUGUGCAAAGAAACAGUCGAAAAUUUAAAAAUACUAUUAUCUGAAAUGGAUAAGAAAAAAGUUAUUAUCCCAAUAUUUGGAAUUUGUUUAGGACAUCAACUUUUAUCUGUUGCUGCUGGAUUUAAUACUACCAAAAUGAGGUAUGGAAAUCGUGGACAUAAUCAACCUUGUAUCCACCAUGGAACGAACCGAUGUUAUAUGACUUCACAAAAUCACGGAUUUGCUGUUGACACUAAAACAUUACCAUCAGAUUGGGAAUCUUUAUUUACAAAUGCUAAUGACAAAACUAAUGAAGGAAUUAUUCACAAAUCUAAACCCUAUUUUAGUGUCCAGUUCCAUCCUGAACAUACAGCAGGUCCUACAGAUUUAGAAUGUUUGUUUGACGUAUUCCUUGAAACUAUAAAAAUGAGUAUUGAGAAGAAAGAUUUUAGUCUUAAAAGUUACUUAAAAAAUUGUUUAACUUAUAAACCAAAAGAAAUUUCAACAUAUGAUAAUCCAAAAAAAAUACUCAUCAUCGGAUCUGGUGGACUAUCAAUCGGCCAAGCCGGUGAAUUUGAUUACUCUGGCUCACAGGCUAUCAAAGCUUUGAAGGAAGAGAAUAUACAAACAGUUUUAAUAAAUCCGAACAUAGCCACUGUUCAAACAUCGAAAGGUUUAGCUGAUAAAGUAUACUUUUUACCCUUAGUUCCAGAGUAUGUCGAACAAGUUAUUCGAUCUGAAAGACCUGGUGGGGUUUUACUUACAUUCGGUGGACAAACUGCUUUAAACUGUGGUGUUGAAUUAGAAAAAGCAGGAGUAUUUAAAAAGUAUGGUUGCAAAAUAUUAGGAACUCCUAUUCAAUCAAUUAUAGAAACAGAAGACCGUAAAAUGUUUGCAGAAAAAGUCAAUGAAAUUGGUGAGAAAGUCGCACCAAGUGCUGCGGUUUAUUCUGUUGAAGAAGCUUUAGAAGCUGCUAAUGUUAUUGAAUACCCUGUAAUGGCUAGAGCUGCUUUUUCAUUGGGUGGUUUAGGAUCAGGAUUUGCAAAUAAUAAAGAACAAUUGAAAUCUUUAGCAGUACAGGCUUUAGCACAUUCUAAUCAGUUAAUUAUAGAUAAAUCACUCAAAGGAUGGAAAGAAGUUGAAUACGAAGUAGUUAGGGAUGCAUUUGACAAUUGCAUAACUGUGUGUAAUAUGGAAAAUGUAGAUCCGUUAGGAAUACAUACUGGGGAAUCGAUUGUUGUUGCUCCUAGUCAAACUUUAUCCAAUCGUGAAUAUAAUAUGUUAAGAACUACUGCCAUAAACGUUAUCCGUCAUUUCGGAGUAGUUGGUGAAUGUAAUAUUCAAUACGCUUUAAACCCACAUUCAGAAGAGUAUUAUAUUAUUGAAGUAAAUGCACGUUUAUCAAGAAGUUCUGCUUUGGCAAGCAAAGCAACUGGUUAUCCACUAGCUUACGUGGCUGCCAAAUUGGCACUAGGAAUUUCACUAGUUGAUAUAAAAAAUUCAGUUACUGGUGAGACCACAGCUUGUUUUGAACCUAGUUUGGAUUAUUGUGUGGUAAAAAUUCCUCGCUGGGAUCUCAGUAAAUUUGCCCGUGUCAGUACAAAAAUAGGUAGUUCAAUGAAAAGUGUUGGAGAAGCUAUGGCAAUUGGUAGAAAAUUCGAAGAAGCAUUUCAAAAAGCAUUGAGAAUGGUUGACGAAAAUGUAAUGGGUUUUGAUCCACGUUUACAAAAAAUUAAUGAAGAAGAUCUAAAAGAACCAACGGAUAAACGAAUGUUUGUACUUGCUGCUGCUUUAGAUGCAAAUUAUUCUGUUGAUUAUUUGCAUGAAUUAACGAAAAUUGAUUGUUGGUUUUUACAAAAAAUGAAAAAUAUUAUUGAUUUACAUCAAUUAUUAGGAAAAUUAGAUCAACAAUCUGUUUCCAGAGAAAUAUUAUUACAAGCAAAACGUUAUGGUUUUUCUGAUAAACAAAUAGCCAGUAUUGUGAAAAGCACGGAACUUAGUAUACGAAAACAAAGAGCAGAAUCUGGAAUAUUACCAUUUACAAAACAAAUUGAUACUGUUGCUGCAGAAUGGCCAGCUACUACAAAUUACUUAUAUUUAACCUACAAUGCAUCAACUCAUGACAUAGAAUACCCUGGGGGAUAUACAAUGGUUAUUGGUUCUGGAGUUUAUCGUAUUGGUAGUUCGGUUGAAUUUGAUUGGUGUGCUGUCGGGUGUUUAAGAGAAUUAAGAAAUCUCAACAAGAAAACUAUAAUGGUUAAUUAUAAUCCUGAAACUGUGAGCACAGAUUACGAUAUGUGUGAUCGUUUAUAUUUCGAAGAAAUAUCAUUUGAAGUAGUUAUGGAUAUUUAUAAUUUAGAAAAUCCUGAAGGUGUAAUAUUAUCAAUGGGUGGUCAAUUACCGAAUAAUAUAGCCAUGGAUUUACAUCGACAACAAGCAAGGAUUUUAGGAUCAUCACCUGAAUCUGUUGAUGGUGCUGAAAAUAGAUUUAAAUUUUCUCGUAUGUUAGAUCGUAUUGGUAUUAUGCAACCAAGAUGGAAAGAGUUAACUAAUUUAGAAUCGGCAAUCAAAUUUUGUGAAGAAGUUGGAUAUCCAUGUUUAGUUAGACCUUCGUAUGUUUUAAGUGGUGCCGCAAUGAAUGUUGCUCAUUCCAAUCAAGAUUUGGAAACGUAUUUGAAUGCAGCUAGUGAUGUUAGCAAAGAACAUCCAGUUGUUAUUUCUAAAUUUUUAUUGGAAGCGAAAGAAAUUGAUGUAGAUGCAGUUGCUUGUGAUGGAACCAUAUUAUGUAUGGCUGUAUCAGAGCAUGUAGAAAAUGCUGGAGUACAUUCUGGAGAUGCAACUUUAGUAACCCCACCACAAGAUAUUAAUAAAGAAACUUUGGCUAAAAUAAGAGCUAUCUGUAAAGCGAUAGCUGCGUCACUGGAAGUAACAGGACCGUUUAAUAUGCAGUUAAUAGCAAAGGACAAUGAUCUGAAAGUAAUCGAAUGUAACGUUCGAGUAUCUCGGUCAUUCCCAUUUGUGUCAAAAACAUUGAAUCAUGAUUUUGUGGCAAUGGCAACACGAGUUAUUGUCGGAGUUCCAGUUGAACCCGUUGACGUUCUUCAUGGUUGUGGAAAAGUUGGCGUUAAAGUACCUCAGUUUUCAUUUUCUCGUUUAUCUGGAGCAGAUUUCAUGUUAGGUGUAGAAAUGGCAUCCACAGGUGAAGUUGCUUGCUUUGGUGAAGAUCGUUAUGAGGCGUAUUUGAAAGCAAUUAUGAGCACUGGAUUCAAUAUUCCAAAAAAAUCUAUUUUAUUAUCAAUUGGUAGUUUUAAACAUAAAAUGGAAUUAUUACCAAGUAUGAGAUCUCUUAGGCAUAUGGGAUUCAAAUUAUAUGCUAGUAUGGGAACGGCUGACUUCUACAACGAACAUGGAGUUGAUGUUGAAUCGGUGCAAUGGACAUUCGAAAAAAUCGAUGAUAGUGCUAGCCAAGGUGAAUUAAAGCAUCUAGCCGAGUUUUUAUCGAAUAAAAAAUUUGAUAUGGUUAUUAAUUUACCUAUGCGAAAUGGCGGAGCACGACGUGUUUCAACAUUUAUGACUCAUGGCUAUCGAACACGACGAUUAGCUAUUGAUUAUUCUAUACCUUUAAUUACUGACGUAAAAUGUACAAAACUUUUAGUUGAGGCUAUAAGGAAGAUAGGAUUUGCAAAAUCACCACCAAUGAAAACUCACACAGACUGUGUUACUUCGCGCGAAGUCAUAAAACUGCCUGGAUUUAUUGAUGUGCAUGUUCAUGUCCGCGAACCUGGUGCUGAACAUAAAGAAGAUUAUGCUUCUUGUACAGCGGCUGCUUUAUCUGGAGGUGUUACACUUAUAUGUGCAAUGCCAAAUACUAAUCCAGCUAUUGUCGAUCAUGAAAGUUUUGAUUUAGUUCAAAAACGGGCUCAUGCAGGAGCUCGAUGUGAUUAUGCAAUUUUUGUUGGAGCAUCAUCCACAAAUUUUAAUACCAUACCCGAAUUAGCACAGCAUGCAGCUGGUUUGAAAAUGUAUUUAAAUGAAACGUAUACCACUCUGAAAUUAGAUGACUUAGGCAUUUGGCUAAAACAUUUUACUAACUGGCCAAAAUGGGCACCUCUAUGUGUUCAUGCUGAAAGUCAAACAACAGCAGCUGCUUUACUUUUAGCCACAUUUCAUAAUCGUCCUAUACACGUUUGUCACGUUGCUCGUAAAGAAGAGAUUCAAAUUAUUAAAGCCGCAAAAGAAAAAGGAUUGAAAGUAACUUGCGAAGUGUGUCCACAUCAUUUAUUCUUAUCAACUGAUGACAUUGAAAAAAUUGGUAUAAAACAAUCUAGUGUGAGGCCAGUUUUGGGAACUCCAGAAGACGUAGAAGCAUUAUGGGCUAAUCUUGAUAUCAUAGAUUGUUUUUCAACAGAUCAUGCUCCGCAUACAGUUGAAGAAAAAUCUGGAGAAAAAGCUCCACCUGGUUUUCCAGGCGUUGAAACUAUACUUCCAUUAUUACUAAAUGCAGUUCAUGAAGGGAAGUUAACACUAGAGGAUCUUAUCGAUAAAUUUCACAGAAACCCUAGGAAAAUAUUUAAUUUACCUGAGCAACCGAACACUUAUGUUGAAGUGGAUAUGGAUGAAGAAUGGAUUAUUCCAGAAGCUAUGCCAUUUAGUAAAUCAAGAUGGACUCCAUUUGCUGGGAAAAAAAUUCGUGGGGCUGUACAACGCGUAGUUUUAAGAGGUGAAAUUGCCUAUGUCGAUGGUCAAAUAUUAGUUCCACCGGGAUACGGACAAGAUGUACGUAAAUGGUCAAAUAAAAAAAUAUAUACUACACCAGAAAAAAGAGUUAGACAUAAAAGUAUUGGAGAAGAUGAUCUCCGGUUAUCUGCUGGAAAUUUACCAGAUAGUCGUCCUUCUUCAGCAUUAGAUUUUCAUACAUUUUCUGAAAAGAUAUUUGAAGAGCAGCCUGAUAGACAAACAAAUGAAAUAUUUUCAAAUCUACUUUCGGAAAGACCAAAGUCUGCUGUUCACUUCUCUAGAGAAUUUAAUGUUGAUUCUAGAGAUUUUAUGCGAAGUGGUGGAUAUCGUAGUACUUCACCUAUUCCUUUCGCAAAUUUACUUCGAUACAAAAGUGAAAGCAAUCCAAAAUUAGCAAUUGAACCGAUUGUCCAUCAUACAGCUAAUUUUGAUCUGACCGGAAAACAUAUUUUAAGUGUAGAUAUGUUUUCAAAAGAGCAAUUGAAUGAUAUAUUUAAUUUGGCGGAAUCAUUUCGGAAUUAUGUAACAAAAGAUCGCCCAUUAGAUCAUAUUCUAAAAGGCAAAAUAAUGGCUUCUGUAUUUUAUGAAGUUAGUACACGUACCAGUUGCAGUUUUUCAGCGGCAAUGCAACGUCUUGGUGGUCGAGUUAUUGAUAUGAAUGAAUCAAGUUCAUCAACGAAGAAAGGUGAAACACUGGAGGAUUCAAUAUCAGUUAUGGCUGGAUAUGCAGAUGUAGUUGUUUUAAGGCAUCCACAGCCUGGUGCUGUAGGGAAAGCUGCGCAGCAUUGUCGUAAACCUUUAAUUAAUGCUGGUGAUGGUGUAGGCGAACAUCCUACGCAAGCUCUACUAGAUAUUUUUACCAUUCGAGAAGAAAUUGGUACUGUUAAUGGUUUAACGAUAACAUUAGUUGGUGAUUUAAAGAACGGCCGAACAGUACAUUCGUUGGCACGCUUAUUAACUUUAUAUAAUGUACAAUUGAAUUACGUUAGUCCUGCUGGUCUGGGUAUGCCUCAUCACAUUAUGAAGUAUGUAGCAUCGAAAGGAAUUCAACAACAGGAAUAUAAUAGUCUGGAACAAGUAUUACCUGAUUCAGAUGUUCUCUAUAUGACUAGAAUCCAACGUGAACGUUUUAAUACUCAAGAAGAAUAUGAUAAGGCUUGUGGUCACUUUAUUGUUACACCUCAAUUAAUGACACGUGCGAAAAGAAAAAUGGUUGUAAUGCAUCCGUUACCAAGAGUGUUUGAAAUUAGUGCUGAAUUUGAUACAGAUCCACGUGCGGCAUAUUUCCGUCAAGCUGAAUGUGGAAUGUAUGUUCGAAUGGCUUUAUUAGCGAUGGUGCUUGGAAAAUGUUAAACUUUUUACAUUCCAUUUAUUGAUAUUAUCAAAUCAAAUAUUAUAUGAAAUAUUUAAAUUUGCAUUUAUUUUAAAUUUUUAUUAUAGAAUUUCAAUUUGUUUUUAAU